AUGGCUUUCGAUGCAGCAUCAAAGAACUGGGAAACCAUUCAGGUUGAAGCCCUCAAAAUAGAGAGCAAUGAGCUAGUUGCUGUCAACUGUCACCAGAGGAAGAUAAAUCCGGAUAUCUUUACUCAGUCCAUCACUAGUGGAUCAUAUAAUGCCCCUUUCUUGUCCACGCGGUUUAGGGAGGCUCUCUUUCAUUAUUCUGGCAUUUCUGAUAAGAUUGACACUGUCAUACCUCGUAAAAACGAUAGGAGGUUGAUGGUUGAGAGAGAGCUUUUGGGCAGGGAGAUUAUGAAUUUUAUAGCAUGUGAAGGUUCUGAGAGGAUUGAGAGGCCUGAGACAUACAAACAGUGGCAGGUUAGGAAUAUGAAGGCUGGUUUCAAGCAGUUACCACUGGAUGAAGAAUUAAUGGCCAAAUUCAGGAGUAAGUUAAAGGAAUACCACAGAGAUUUUGUCUUAGAUGAAAAUAACAACUGGAUGCUUCAAGCAUGCUGCAAUGGUGAAGCUUAUUUUGCUGGUUACAAUGUUUCAAGUUCUGAUAUCCUUGGUCUCUGGCUACCUACUUUCUUAACCUUCAGAAAAACUUUAUUGAAAUUACUGUUAAAUGUCUGCUGCAUAACCAUAUCAAAUCAUAUCUCAUUCUUUCUGAACAGAGUCAAAACCUAUUUCAGUGUUGUUGGUUUUGGUGAAGACGAUGGCAUAGCGUAUCUCUCAGACUCGCUUGGUUUUGCAACCAUGGAAGACAACGACUUCUCAGAAACUGCAAAGUUCAUUAGCCAGAUCCUCAUGGAAGAAAACGUUGAACUUGAACAGAGCCCAUUCUACGACUCACUCACUCUGCAAGUUACUGAGAAAUCCUUCUACGACGCUCUCGCCGGUAACCUACUUCUCAGUCCCCAAGCUAGCAACACCAAUUUUUCAGUUGAAAAUUCUCGUGAGUUGAACCUCCCUUCCCCAGAUUCUCUUUCUGUUUCUGCUCUUCAGUUUAACCCCCACGCACUCUCUCAACCACCACCUUUGGUUAAUGUUAGUGAAGGAGUCUCUGAUUUGGACUCUUCUAUUGCAAGACUCUUAGCACAUAAUAUUUUCAAUGAUGUUGAUUCUGUUUCCCACUUUAGGAGAGGCUUCGAGGAAGCUAGUAGAUUUCUUCCUCCAGGGCCUAACCUUGUAACUGCUCUACAUUCAAACGCGCAAGAACCAAUCAAUUCUUUUCGAGAGAAUUCCUAUGGGUUGUUGAAGGGUAGAAAGAAUCUUGAGCGCCAAGAGAUAAACACUAGAGAAGAAGAAAGAGGAGGGAGAAGUAACAAGCAAUCAGCAUUUUCCUUUGUUGAUGAGAGUGACCUGUCAGAUGCUAUUGAUAGGGUGUUUCUUAGUGUGGAAAACGUGUGUAGUGAACACAGUUCUUUGCAGAGUGGACCACUGAGAGCGGAGGAGCAAGAUCGAGGGAAGGGUCUUUCAAAGAAACAAGAGAGGAGGAAGCAGGAAACAGUGGAUUUGAGGAAUCUUCUGUUGAUGUGUUCACAAUCUGUGUAUGCCAAUGACAACAGGACUGCCAAUGAAUUGCUAAAACAGAUUAGGCAACACUCUUCUCCCGUUGGGGAUGCAUCACAGAGGUUGGCUCAUUACUUCGCCAAUGGCCUCGAGGCACGCUUGGUUGGGGAUGGUACAAGUUCGCAAGGAAUGUAUACUUUUCUGAGCUCUAAGAACAUCACUGCUGCAGAGUUUCUGAAGACACACCAAGAUUUUAUGUCCGCCAGCCCUUUCAAGAAGUUUACAUAUUUCUUUGCUAAUAAAAUGAUUAUGAAAGCAGCUGCCAAGGUAGAAACCGUCCAUAUUAUUGAUUUUGGUAUCCUAUAUGGUUUCCAGUGGCCAAUUCUUAUCAAGUUUUUGUCAAAUAGGGAGGGUGGACCUCCCAAGCUUAGAAUAACGGGGAUAGAGUUUCCCCAACCCGGCUUUCGUCCCACAGAAAAAAUUGAUGAGACUGGUCGCCGUCUGGCUAACUAUUGUAAGCGUUAUAGUGUUCCCUUUGAGUACAAUGCCAUAGCAUCAAAGAACUGGGAAACCAUUCGGAUUGAAGCCCUAAAAAUUGAGAGCAACGAGCUAGUUGCUGUCAACUGUCACCAGAGGUUUGAGAAUUUACUGGAUGACUCUAUUGAAGUGAACAGUCCUAGAAAUGCAGUCCUGCAUUUGAUCAGGAAGAUAAAUCCAAAUAUUUUUACUCAGUCCAUCACUAAUGGAUCAUAUAAUGCCCCGUUCUUUGCCCCGCGGUUUAGGGAGGCUCUCUUUCAUUAUUCUGCUAUUUAUGAUCUGAUUGACACUAUCAUACAUCGUGAAAAUGAAAGGAGAUUGAUGAUUGAGAGAGAGCUUUUGGGCAGGGAGAUUAUGAAUGUUAUAGCAUGUGAAGGUUCUGAGAGGAUUGAGAGGCCUGAGACCUACAAACAGUGGCAGGUUAGGAAUAUGAAGGCUGGUUUCAAGCAGCUACCACUGGAUGAGGAAUUAAUGGCCAAAUUUAGGACUGAGUUAAGAAAGUGGUACCACAGAGAUUUUGUCUCAGAUGAAGAUAGCAACUGGAUGCUUCUAGGUUGGAAGGGCCGCAUUUUGUUUGCUUCCACUUGUUGGGUGCCAGCAUGAUGAGAUGCUGCAGGACUCGGUUCAAAACUCAUACUAUACUGAAGGUUCUUGUAUCAUUGGUCUGGCUACCUACUUUCUUAAACUUCAGGUGCUGUGGACAAGAUUGUACCUAGCUUUUCUCCAAGUUACUUGAUAAAAUUAUGGCACAUGUUUUCGGGUGAAUGUAAUGCAAUUUCUGUAUUUUUAUUGAUCCUAAGGAGGGCAUAUUAGAGUAGGAGGGCCAUUAUAGCAUGUAUUAGGCAUUUCACAUCCUUCCGUAUAAAUUUGUAAAAUGAUUUUGCUGGAUCCAAAUUAGCUACUGAAUUAGCAAGAUGUGAUGAUUUGAAGCAGAUGACUAUGUUCAGUUUUUUUUUUUUUUCCAGUGAUAUCCCUACUUACAGUUUUGUUUUA